AUGGAAUCGCUAGAUCGAAAGAGAUCGCCUCCGUUCCUGGAGCUAUCACAGCUUACUGUCCAAGCAUUACAGCGUAGCCAGAGCCAAGCGCAAUUAGACUUUGGUAACGUGUUGACCUUGUGGACAACCCUCAUAAAAUCAAGCGACGUGAUCAAAAAUGGCAAACGACUAGAAAACAUCAGUUGGCGCGUCGUGAAUCGUAACAUCCUGCUCAAGAAUGACUUCAACAAAAGUGAUUUCUCGGCGUUGAUACAGAUCUCAUCGGGGAAGGUUGAGCACCCUAUCACCAAAGGCAGAAAACACUCGAAACAAGCACUUUCCUCGGAAACAUCUAGGACAAAGAGCCCAGUCUCAGUCGAGACUGACCAGGGUACCAAAGAAAUUACCACCAAUGUGUCCGAUAGCGAGCAGAACUCUGACGAUGAGCGACAUUUGGACGAGUCUAAAAAGCUAACACAGAAGAAUCUACAUCAUCAGCAAAGUCUUAUACAUAAAACGCCCCACAAAACCAGGCAGUCGCGCGGCCAUAUGUUUUUCAUAGAGAAUACACCUUCCCCGGAAGCUGAGGGAGGUUCCUCGAAAUCGCCUCCUUCUCCAAAAGUUAGGAGCUUAUUCAAUCAACCUGUAAAUGACGGCAAACCACCACUUGAGUCUCCACAAAAAACGAAACCACAGCACAUAGAGCGUGAUAGAAGCUUGGAGCGCUUAAAUCAGCAGCACGCUCUUUACGGCACUAGUAAGACGAACACUGCUGUGCAUUCACCACAGUCAGAAACUCAGAGGUCCCAGGUGUCUCUAUUUGACAAUAAACCUGGAAAACAGGCAGUCACCAAGCAACACAUAAUGUUUUCAUCAGAUGAUGAGAUAUCAGAUGGAUCAGACUGGUCUUCGAUGUCUGGUGAUUCCGACUUGGAUGACGACGAUGAAGGAGAAGAACAAUUGAACUUCAGCAAGACGAACAUUCAGAAGCCUACGGAAAAACCACAAAUGAAGAGGUCUUUAUUGAGCGGCUUGUUUCUGGAUAAGAUGGGUAAUGAGGUAUCAGAAAAGUCGCAUGAGAACGGCAGGCCGAAGUCUAAAAGUCCUGGUCUAGUGGUCUCACCGUCUCUUGGAGCAGUGGAUCGUCCAGAAAUGUCAAGAGCCUCAACCUCUGCCUUUAACGUGAACGCUUUAGCUGACGUGGUUAUGUCUCCAACCGAGACGACAAAAUCGUUUGCACAACGAAAGAUCACAAGCUCGCCGGUGCCUUCAACUGAUCACCAGCGGCCCCCAGUGACACGGAACAACUCGAGCAAUAACCCUCAUCUUGUUUCUAAGUCUGCGAUAUCACUGGCGUCGUUUUUGGCUAAUAACAGGAGACCCCAUGCAACCGCAAACGAAAUACAUAACGGACACUACGAUCGCCACCACGAGUCCAACGCGCCGCCAACGGCAGCCACUCUUCUUCCCACUGCACUAUCCACUCACAUGUUUCUUCCAACCAUGAACUUACAUCGCCAGUCUAGAGCCAGGGACACGAAACCUUCUACACACUCGCCUUUGGUGCCCAAAACGACAGCUAAGACUCAUCCUAAUGAUAAAAAUAGUCACGCAUCAAGGGGCGGGUCAGUUGGGAAAGACAACGACAAAGAUUCGGAAGAGGUUGUUAGCAUCUCGUCCAGUGUCAAGUCAAUUGAGAUUCCAGGAUCGUUAGCUCCUUCUAGAACUCAUUCUCAUCGGGGCUCUCCGGUCCAUCAUCCUAGCAGGCCAGGUUUAGAGAAUCGGGGCAGCUUCUACUUUACAAAGGUAUCAACUGCUAUCACUACAAGAGAAAUGUUGACUAAAGAGCUUCCAUCCAACCUUGUGGAGUCUAUCAAUAAUGAAAACAAACUAAUUCAUGCAUCAUCCACGAAUUUGAGCGAACUUUCCAAUCAUGCACGCUUGCACAACAAUAUACACACCAACCAGUCCUCUACUGCUACAUUAAUGAAUGGGAUUGUCACGGCUGAUGAAGAGAGUAGUUCUGAGAGUGAACCGUCUAACAACAUCAUUGCAAAUGGCAUAAUGGGAAAUAAGCUAAGAUUGCUGACUACAGACACCCCAAAUGCGCCUUUCAUUGAUGACGACCAUCUUGCUUACGAUCAAGAUAGAGACGAUGAUUGGGAGGAUAACUUGAAUUAUCACGCCAGAGGUUGGUAG